GGGCUACCCACUGCGCAUGCGCGGCGCCCGAGCCCGUUUCGCCGGCGAGACGAGGCGUCCGCCCCAGCCAGUUCGCGCCAGAGCACACUGUCGGGCAGGUGUGUCUGUGCACCCGCGCGCGUGUCGAAGCCGGCUCAAACCAACGUCAAAGAACUUGGCUCGCGCAGAAACUCCACUCGACACGAGCUCGAGAAAUCGCGCCCGCCGCGUUCUACCCCCGCGUUUCCCGGUGCUUCUUUUUCUCUCGUGUCUACUUGGGCUUAACAUUUAAAUUUAUAAAAAGUUACGUUUUAGAACGUGUGCGCGAGAGAGGUUUUUUUUUUCCGCUGGCUUGUAAUGGGACCUCCCGUCCGUGGUAGGUCCUACUGGCCCGAGUUCCGUCGAAUGUUGUGGCGUUUCGCGUUUGUUUCCACGCUGUUCGCACUGGGAGUAUCGCAGGACUUGUCUUCUGACAGCCUGUGCUCGCUGCGGCAGUUCCGCUGCGCCAACGGCAGGUGCAUCCCGCUCACGUGGAUGUGCGAGGGCGAGAACGACUGCGGCGACAACUCCGACGAGAACCACCCCGACUGCCGAGAGGCGAGGACCUGCUCCGACAAGGAGUUCCGCUGCUCCAAUGGCCGCUGCAUCCCCACCCACUGGCAGUGUGACGGCGAGCGAGACUGCACGGACAGCAGUGAUGAGGACCCUACAGUCUGUCGCGUGCGCAGAUGCGACGAGGCCAGCUUCCAGUGCGCCCCCGGGGUGUGCAUCCCGCGCGCCUGGGCCUGCGACCGCAGCGCCGACUGCCCCAACGGCGCGGACGAGGUCCUCUGCAACGAGACGUGUCGCGCCGACGAGUUCACGUGCGCCAACGGCGUGUGCAUCCAGCGGCGCUGGGUGUGCGACCGCGACGACGACUGCGGCGACGGCAGCGACGAGGUGUGCCCCGUGUCCACCUGCCAGCCCGGCGCCGAGUUCACCUGCGGGGACGGCUCGUGCGUGACGGCGCGCUGGCGCUGCGACGGCGACCCCGACUGCCCCGACGGCAGCGACGAGCAGGGCUGCCCGGCGACCAACGCGACGGUGGCGCGCUGUCUGCCGCGCGAGUUCGAGUGCGGCGACCGGCUGACGUGCAUCCACCAGUCGUGGGUGUGCGACGGGGACCGCGACUGCCCUGACGGCGGCGACGAGCGCAGCGAGGAGUGCCGCAACAAGACCUGCCGCCCCGACCAGUUCCAGUGCCGCAACCGCGCCUGCAUCCCGGGGCGCCUGUACUGCUCGGGCCGCGUCGACUGCAGCGACGGCAGCGACGAGCUCGACUGUCCCACGGUGUCGCCGGAGUGCGACCGCCGCACGCACCACGACUGCGGCGGCGGCGUGUGCGUGCGCCUAGCGGCGGUGUGCGACGGCAAGCAGGACUGCCCCGGCUGGGAGGACGAGCCAAGGGACCGCUGCGGCGUGAACGAGUGCGCCGUGGCGAACGGCGGCUGCUCGCAGGUGUGCGUGGACACCCCUGCCGGCUUCUACUGCGAGUGCGGCCCCGGCUACCGGCUCGUCGACAACCGCACCUGCGACGACGUGGACGAGUGCGAGACCCCCGGCUCCUGCUCCCAGGAGUGCAUCAACGAGAAGGGCACCUUCAAGUGCCAGUGCGUGCAGGGAUACGCGCGAGACCCGCGCGACCACACGCGCUGCAAGCCCAUGGAGGGCCACGCGUCGCUGCUGUUCGCCCGCCGCCACGACAUCCGCAAGAUCUCGCUGGACCACCGCGAGAUGACCGCCAUCGUCAACGACACCAAGAGCGCCACGGCCCUCGACUUCGUGUUCCGCACCGGCAUGAUCUUCUGGAGCGACGUCAGCGACCAGAAGAUAUACAAGGCUCCGAUCGACGAGGGCAGCGAGCGCGUGGUGGUGAUCAAGGACUCGCUCACCACGUCGGACGGGCUGGCGGUGGACUGGAUCUACAACCACAUCUACUGGACGGACACGGGCAGGAACACCAUCGAGCUGGCCAACUUCGAGGGCAACAUGCGCAAGGUGCUGGUGCGCGACGACCUGGAGGAGCCGCGGGCCAUCGCCGUCAACCCGCUGGACGGGUGGAUGUACUGGACGGACUGGGGCACGGAGCCGCGCAUAGAGCGCGCCGGCAUGGACGGAUCGCACCGCCAGACCAUCGUCUCGUACGAGGUGAAGUGGCCCAACGGCCUCGCGCUGGACCUGGUGGGCGGGCGCGUCUACUGGGUGGACGCCAAGCUCAACACCAUCUCGUCGUGCAACUAUGACGGCUCGGGCCGCCGCGUGGUGCUCUACUCUCCGGACGUGCUGCAGCACCCCUUCUCCAUCACCACCUUCGAGGACUGGGUGUACUGGACCGACUGGGACAAGCAGGCCAUCUUCCGCGCCAACAAGUUCAACGGCAAGGACGUGGCGCCUGUCACCUCCACCAACUCGCUGCAGAACCCGAUGGUGAUCCACGUGUACCACCCGUACCGCCAGCCGGACGGCGAGAACCACUGCCAGGCGGUGAACGGCCACUGCUCGCACCUGUGCCUGCCAGCCCCGCGCCUCAGCCGGCACUCGCCCGCCAUCUCGUGCGCCUGCCCCGACGGCCUGCGCCUGCUGGGCGACGGGCUCAUGUGCGUCGAGGACCCCACUGUGGUUUUAACCACUCCGACCACCAAAUUAUUCACCUCACCCACCAUAACCACCCCAAGAACAACCACCACCACUACCACCACUCGGAGAGCGACGACAGUGUUCGUACCACACUCGACGCCACCUCCAAAACCAGAAACCACCGCGCGAUCGUGGUCUAAACCGACGACUGGUGCCACCACCGUUAACGCUACUCACGUUCCGCCCACGUUGAGCGACGGCGCGGACAAGGGAGCGGUGAACCGUGACGCGGGCAUGGCGAUGGAGGAGGUGGACACCGGGAUGAUAGCAGGCAUCGCAAUCGCCGCGGUCAUCGCCGUCCUCUCCGUCGCAGCUUGCGUGGGCUACGUGGUGUACCGGCACUUCCUGCAUCGCAACCUCACCAGCAUGAACUUCGACAACCCGGUGUACCGCAAGACCACGGAGGACCAGUUCUCGCUCGAGAAGAACCAGUUCCAGCCGCAGCGCAUCUACCCGGCCACCGUGGGGGAGGAGGCCCAGGAACCACUGACUAGUCCGGGAACAAACGACUAUGUUUAAUGUGGUUCCUCUCGUUCCGAAAAUUCUAGCUCGCAAAUUUAUUUAUUGAGGACUCCCUCGCGGUACCGAGGGGCCCUUGAGUGUGAUAGUGUGAAAAACAGACGAACACGCGAGGAAGUGCUGGACAGAGGUUCGUUGGCAAACUGCUUGGAACUAGUGUCGAGUGAAUGGGCCGCGGACAGAUGCUGAUGAGCGCAACCGACGACGGAUGUGCCAAGCUUUGACGAAUUGUGUUCCAGUUUGCAAGACAAGAUGUUUCUCUGUGCCAAAAUAACUCUUAAAAAUUAUUUGUGCCAAUGACACUUUUUUACAUGGACCUUUUUAUAGGUGUGAAUUGGUGUUGUUUGCACUCAACUUGCAAACGAACAAUAACUGGACUGAUCUUGGAAUAUUUUCUGUAUCAAAAUAUACAUAAUAUAUAUACAUAUAUAUUUGAAAUUUAUUUUACAAACUAAAUGUGAAAACUAUAUUUAGCUUGUAAUAUGUAUUUGUGUGCAUGAUUUUUGAAGACUGUUUCUUGCCUUUUGUUCCAUGAUUGGUUGAUAAUUUAAACUACUACUAUUUCUAUUAGUGGUUAUGUUGGAUCCGUAAUUAUCGAGGGUUUAAGAAAUGAGUAAUUUUACGAUGUGGUUGCCUGUGAAAAUGGGCGUGGGAAUGUGCCUAAGAAGUUGGUAGUCCAGAAUGUGCUUGUAUUAUUGGAGAUUUUUUUUUUUGUUAGCAGCAAGUGUUUGAGAGAAUGAAUGUAUGUAGCAAAGCAAUGCAACAACUUAUUUACCCUUUACAUUUGUAAAUAUAUAUGCUAUUAAAUUGUAAUUCUUUCAGUCAGUGUGGAGUUAUAAUUGCUCAGUUUAUUGUGCACAUAUGUGGGUUGUAAAAAGUUAAUUGACUUUAAAUAUAUAGUCUUCAGAAGUAAUUGUAAGGGUUGAAAUUAUUCAUGUUUGUUUUUACGUGAGUCAUUGUAGUGUAGAACAAAUUUGUCAUAGAUGUAAAAGUUAUAAAAUAUCUCUGUAAGUUCAACAUACAGUGAAGUCAUUUAAUAUAUUCUUAAAACACAUUUUGUUCUCUAGUGUGUAAACAUGUGUGCAAUUAUGUGGUGAUCAAAUUGGGAAGUGUAUGCUGAUAGAUUUAAAAUUUUGUGAGAAAUGUCCCCAAAAGCUAUAAAGUUGUCCAGUUUAAGAAAUGUUUUUUGCUCAUAUUGUACUUCCAUUUUGAGUUUGUUUUUUAUGUAAAGGUGUAAAUAUAUCCCAUCUGAUGGAAAAAGAAA